GCUCGGAUGCCCCGAGAUCAGGCCAGGCCGACAGGGAGAGCACCCAAGGGAAACCGCCACGCUACGCCAAUAUCGGGAUCGGGACCGGGACGGACACCUGCCGCGCCGCCGCGGGUGACCUUCAACGAUGGCAGAGUUGGAGGGCGGCAGCCCGUCGUCGGGAGGGCGGCGCAGCAAGAGCGCACAUGAAGAGAUGAUCGCGGAGGACGGUGGAGAGGGGGGUGAGGUAAACGAGGAGGAAGGGAGAGAAGAGAAGCAGAAGGGGGAGGAGGAGUGGGAGGCAAGGGGGAAGGAGGAGGAGGAGGAGGAGGAGGAGGAGGAGGGAGAUUCACAUCCCUACGCAUUGUCUCCCUUGAGAGGUCUUGUCCGAAGGCCGAGCUCGCUGUUCCAGCUGGAAAACGGGAUUGCACCCUUUGCAGGGUCGUCUUCUAGGAAUCGGAAGAGCGGACCGGUGAGGAGAGGGAGGAGGUUGACCGGAGACGUGCGCGAUGGAGGCAAUGGAAACGGAAACGGAAACGGAAACGGAAUCGGUAACGGUAACGGUAACGGAAACGGAGGAGAGGGUACUAGUAGUGGUGGCGGGAAAAGAAAGUGGAGUGAAGAAAGGAAGGAGAGUUGUGCUGUUGAGAAUCCGGGGGGGGGAAGUGGAAGCAGAAACGCGGAAGGAAGCGGCGGAAUCGGGCGGGGAGGGGGGAGGGAACGUGCGGAGGGGAAAAGUGGGAGGAGGGAGUAUCGAAGACCAAAGGAGGGGGAAGGAAGAGAGAGUGGAACGGGAGGGAGAUUGGGAGGAGGAAGAGCAGCGAAAUUGCGAGCAGGAGAAGGUGGGAGAUUGGGAGCAGGAGGGGGAAAGGGGAGAGGGAAAGGCAAAGGCAAAGGACGAGGAAGGGGAGGAGGGGCAUUCCGGCAGAGAGCGGAGGUUUCUGGAAGCAGCGACAGCGAAGGAGGAGGCUCUUGGAAAUCGGCAGGAGAGCGGACGGGAGGACUCUCCGCCGGUGAGGAGAGUGGGAGAGAGAGAGGGAGAUGGGGACGUGGUAAGUCUAAGGAAGGAGGUUCUGGAGGGAGAAGAGGAGCAGAUGGCGAUCAUGGCGGCGGGAAGGGAUCUGGCCGGAUUCUUGGACAUAAGGGGGCUGGUGCAGUUGCAGUCGGAGUUGGAAGAAGCACAGCUAUUGGUUCUAGCAGGACUUAUCACGCCAAGGCUCACGCUAACGGCAAGCGUAACGGCAAGUGCACCGGUUGCGGGGAAAAGCGACGACGAAACGACAACGGUAACGGCAAGGGCAACGGCAAGGGUAACGGUAAGACCCAGAAACGAUCCAGGUACAAGCCUGGCAUGCUUGCGCUGCAAGAGAUCCGUCAUUAUCAGCGUAGCACCGAUUUGUUAAUUAGUAAAUUGCCCUUCGCUCGUGUUGUGAGAGACAUUACAAAUAAUAUCACGAUGGAAGUGUUCCGAUGGACCGGUGAAGGAUUGCUAGCCAUCCAGGAGGCGUGUGAAGACUACCUCGUUCAGCUGUUCGGCGAUGCCUACCUGUGUGCGCUCCAUGCUAGAAGGGUGACGUUGAUGGUGAAGGACUUGCACCUAGCUCGUCGAAUACGGGGGCUUCAGUGAUCCCUGGCGUUGUGAUUCGAUCACGACUGCCCACGUGUCACGUCCCGAUCAGAACGUCGUAAGUGAUGUUAAAUCUAAGUACACGCUCCUCUUCCAAUCGAAUAGAAGCCUUGGUCAUUGCAGCUGCAUUUGGGCAACCUUUUAGUCUAGAUGCAGGCCAUAAUGACCGUACGACGUGUACGUUCUAUUCGGCGGAAGACGGUCAACGUGUAGUUGACUCAUGCGUUUGUCGUACGUGGGGGUAGGGGGCGGGGAGGAUUGUUACCAGGAGAGCUGCCUACCGUCUUCCCCCGAACAUAACGCAUGCUAAAAAUGAAUGUAUACAAGCUAU